AAAUAGUUGCGGAUAUUUAUGAUCUCAUCGCCAUAGCUUAUAUCCAACCAUGGGCAGUCAAGAUGACAUUACACGAUCUAUAGUAGAUGCACCACCAGCUCAUUACGUAGUGAAAGUACAAUCAUUUUCACUCCUUGCGAAGAAUUCUAUAGAGAGAUAUGAAUCAGGGAAUUUUGAAGCUGGAGGCUACAAAUGGAAGUUAGCUCUGUACCCUAAUGGAAACAAGAGGAGGAAUGUAAUGGACCAUAUUUCACUUUACUUGUUGUUGGACGACACAAGUUCCCUUCAUCAUGGUUGGGAAAUCUAUGUCUAUUUUCGAUUCUUUUUGUAUGAUCAAAAAAACGACAACUACCUAGUUGUCCAAGAUACUGUGAGAAAGGAAAGGAGAUUUCACAAAAUGAAGGUUGAAUGGGGAUUUGAUCAAUUUCUUCCUCUGAAAGAUUUCAACCUUGCCUCUAAAGGUUAUCUGGUGGAUGACACGUGUGCUUUUGGAGCAGAAGUCUUUGUUUGCAAAGAAAGAAGCACAGGCAGAGGAGAAUGUUUGGUAAUGAUGAAGGAAAUCAUUACAUACAAGCACCUCUAUGUGUUUGACAACCUUUCAAAGUUGGAUUCAGAAUGCUAUGAUUCUAAACCAUUCAAUGCUGGAAACUACAAGUGGAAGAUAAAACUAUAUCCCAAGGGAAAAGAUGUUGAAAUGGGAAAUUAUCUUUCUCUGUACCUAGCCUUAGCUGACCCUUCAGCCCUUUCUCCUGGUUCCAAAAUAUAUGCACAGAUAAUAUUACGCAUACUAGACCAAAAGCAAGCCAAGCAUCACUUUGGAAAAGCUAACUACUGGUUUAGUGCCUCAACCCACGAAAAUGGUGCAUCCAGAUUUAUGCCUAUCAAUAAUUUCACCAAUCAAAACUUGGGUUAUGUGGUGAAGGACACCUGCUUUGCAGAGGCAGAGGUUAUAGUUCUUGGGGUAGUUGAUGAUUUGCCCUGAGAUUAUGUUAUUGAUGAGUGCUUUCUGUGGAUGUAAUAGUUUUCAAUUAUGUGUAUAUCCAUAUUCAAAAUGGACACUGACAUCAAAAGUCUUCUACUUUCUAACAUGAAAAAAAAAAAGCGACUCUUUUAACCUUAAUUUCUAUAUUUUAGUU